AUGAAGACCUCCAAACUCGCCAGUCUCAUCUUUGCGGUCGCAGCAUCAUCGGCCCGGGCUGCAUCGUACACCGAAGCUCUCCUCGCGCUGCACAAGUCCCUCGUGGGGGUAUACUCAACCUCCAACGCCGGAGCACCUGGAACUGAGGUCCUGAAGACGUAUCUCGAGAACAAUUUCACCGCCGAACUGCAAACUAUCGAAGGUAAUCACCAGAACGUCUACGCCUAUUCUUAUCCGUGUUGCGGGAUAUCCGAUGCAAAGGGCAGUAUCGCCGCUCAGGUCACCGCCGUAGAAGACCUUCGCACGAGCGGUGAGAUGCGCGAGGGGGGUGUUUCUCUCCUUUUCGUUGGUGGAGAACAGGAGGCCGUCGUCUUUGGCGAACCAACAGAGAACGAGCUCGUAAGGGCCCACGAAGGCGUACUAGGGCUCAAUGUCACGGCCUCCGGCAUCGCCAGGCAUUCUAGGUAUCCCGAGCAGGGCCGCAACGCGAUUGAUCUCCUUGUGCGUUCAUUAGGGGCAAUCAUUGGCGUUGAGCUGUUGUCCUCUAAGGACUUUAGCAGCACGACCUUGAACGUUGGCGUGAUUAAGGGUAGGAUCGCAAGUAAUGUCAUCCUAGAGAAUGCGAAUGCGAGAGCGUCUAUUCAGGUCGCCGUCAAUACUACACGAGAAUAUAUUAGCCUCUCUGUUAACACAGGCAGGGAGCCUACUAGCUUAGACUGCAACGUUAAGGGCAAGCUGUAA